CCGAGGAGGAGAAGCCGCUCGUCCGGAGCUGCGAUGGGGAUUUGAACGCACCUUCAGUGCCCGGCUCAGAGCGCGCAGCGGGCGGGUCCGCGUCACUUCACCCCCCGGUUUGGAUGUAACCCGGUCGCAUUCGGCCUGCGGUGGGUCCGGUUUGUCGGUGCGUUUGGCCGGAGCUGGAGACCGGGAGCAGGACGGCGUGUGCCCGGGGCUGGAGCUGCUGUCGGCGGGCUGCGGUUGUCGGUCGAGUCGGUGAUUCCCGCGGAGCCCGGAGAUCAGCUGCUGUCUGUCGGUUCGUCUGUCUGGACUGGACUCGGUUUGGGAUACCCGGAGGAUUAACUGAUCACCGGUCCGGUACCGGGGAGUUGGAUGUGUGUUUUGCGCCACAGGAGUCACCUGGGGUCCGUGCGCAGAGACGGGGCCAAUGGCGCAACGGUAUGAAGACCUGGCCCACUACGGCUUGGACGGGAUGGGUGGGGUGUAUGGAGACCCCCACCACCCCCAUCACCCCCACCACGCCGCUGCCGCCGCCCGUUCCCUACAGGCCGUUCACCUGGCCGCCACAGCCGCUGCUGCCGGCCCAUACCCCCCACACCAGUACCCCCAGUCCACCCACAGCAGCAGCAGCAUGGCCCCCUCCACCGGGGAGGCCGUCAAGAGGGACAAAGACGCCAUUUAUGGACAUCCUUUAUUCCCUCUACUCGCACUGAUUUUUGAGAAAUGUGAAUUGGCAACAUGCACGCCAAGGGAGAGCGGCGUGGCCGGAGGAGACGUCUGCAGCUCAGACUCCUUCAACGAAGACAUCGCCGUCUUCUCCAAACAGAUCCGGUCAGAGAAGCCGCUAUUUUCAUCCAACCCAGAGCUGGAUAAUCUGAUGAUUCAGGCGAUACAAGUGCUGCGAUUCCACCUGCUGGAGCUGGAAAAGGUUCACGAACUUUGCGAUAACUUCUGUCAUCGGUACAUCAGCUGUCUGAAAGGGAAGAUGCCGAUCGAUCUGGUUAUAGAUGACCGAGACGGGAACAAAUCUGACAGUGAGGACUUCAUCAGGUCGUCAGGGAACCACAUGGAUCAGAUGUCGUGGAGCAGAGAUCACGACGAUGUGGCGUCGAUUCGCUCGGCCGGUACACCAGGUCCAUCCAGCGGAGGACACACGUCUCACAGCGGAGACAACAGCAGCGAACAGGGUGACUGCCUGGAUAACGGUGUGGCAUCUCCGAGCACCGGCGAUGAUGACGACCCCGACAGAGACAAACUGCACAACAAGAAAAGAGGCAUCUUCCCCAAAGUGGCCACUAACAUCCUGAGAGCGUGGCUUUUCCAGCACCUCACGCACCCGUACCCGUCGGAGGAGCAGAAGAAGCAGCUGGCUCAGGACACCGGCCUCACCAUCCUGCAGGUCAACAACUGGUUCAUUAAUGCGAGACGGCGGAUUGUUCAGCCCAUGAUUGAUCAGUCCAACAGAGCAGUGAGCCAAGCAGGACCGUACGGCCCAGAUGGUCAGCCAAUGGGAGGCUUCGUCAUGGACGGACAGACGCACAUGGGAAUCAGACCGCCUGGUGCCAUUGGGGGGGUUGGGAUGGGGAUGGGGGUGGAGGGCCAGUGGCAUUACAUGUAGCAACGGCAUCGCCAGCGUCCAGGAAAACACCGACUACCUGAACACCAGCAGGUCUGCAGACCUCCACAGACGGGUUUGGAGCUGGACCCCACCUCCACAAAACCCCGCCCCUCUGAGCAUCCACCCGAGCCGAUGAGGAAACACCUGACCACUGACACUGUCGAAUCCUCUGAACAGAAACCGAGGACAGAUGGAUCCUGCAGAGAAUCACAGCCGAGCUUUGUCUUUUUGAAUCAAACAGAAUCAAACCUGCACUACAACUACGGAAGCCUCAAGUGGACAAAAUAUGUGUUUCAUCCUUUCUUUGGCCUCAAAUCGACAAGAAGCUGAUGUCUGUAUUUCAGGAGGUGGUGUUUGGAACCAAAUGCCUCCAUGAACCGAUGUGUCAGAGACUGAAUGGACAGCUGAGGUCACAUGAUGGAGCGCUGACCACGGACUCAGAGACGAGCACAUGCUCUGCUGCCUUUUUAUCGUUUUAAAGGACAGGACUGUUUGACUUUUCACACUGUGUGUGUUUAUCUUUUUCAUAGACUUCUGUCUUCCUUCAAGUCCAAAAAAAUAAAGUAUGAAGCUACACUGAG